CUAAACCCUUUUGCUAAGCCCCAACCAUCCAUCGGAACCGCCUGUAUCUCUUUGUCUUCCACGUUUCCGGCGAAAAUCCCCAACUAUCCAUCGGAACCGCCGAGCUAUUUCCGGCGAAAAUUUCAUCGACGAUAAUCUACUUGGACAUUGCUCGUUUAACAGAGUAUUAUAAUUGGAACAAUGGCGAAGUCAUUAUCAAGCUUGCUCUUCAAAGGCUUGGCAGGUCUUCCAGCUACUCGCACUAACAGAAUAGUGGUGCCUGGGUUUAAUUACCAGCAUGGAAUGAGAUACUCAACGACUGUACCUAAUGAUCCUGAUACUCAUGAUGAUUUCAAACCUACUAAUAAACUUGAGAAUUCUAGCCUUUCUUUGAGGGAUGUUGUUGAACUGGAUGUACAGCAAAAUCCUGUGAUGAUUUAUAUGAAAGGGGUGCCGGAUGCUCCUCAAUGUGGAUUUAGCUCUCUUGCUGUUAGAGUGUUGAAUUUAUAUAACGUACCUUUGAGUGCUAGAAAUAUCUUGGAAGAUGCCGAGCUUAAAAAUGCUGUGAAAUCCUUUAGCAACUGGCCAACAUUUCCCCAGAUUUUCAUCAAAGGAGAGUUUAUUGGAGGAUCUGAUAUCAUACUCAAUCUGCAUCAGACUGGAGAAUUGAAGGAAAAGCUCAAUGAUAUUGCAGCCAAUCAGAAGACUGAAUAAGUUCUCAGUCACCCAGUAUGAAGAAAGAGAUAUGGUUAAACCCAUCUUCCAUGGAUGGUUUGUGUUCAAUCAUUUAAACCUUUUUUUUUUUUAUAUUCCCUAAUAAAUGUGACUACAACUGUUAUUAUUAUUAUUUUUUUCCUCGUUUAGAAUAUUACAUCACAAGUGAUUAGCGAUUAUGGAGUUACUAUGUGUAUGAAUUUACUAAGCUAUUUUUUUCUUAUAACUAUUAGCUAUGGAAUAAAAAAAAAUAGACCCUUCCC